GGAGGGAGAGAGAGAGAGAGAGAGAGCGCGGCUCCGUUUAGACUCGGGCUGUAAACACACCGCAGCCCCGUCCCCUCCUCCUGUCUCUCUCUCUCUCUCUCUGUUUAUUUAUCUCUCUCUGUCUCUCUGUCCGUCACUGCUGCUCCGGCCGGAGGAGGAGGAGGUCAUGGAGCAGGCGGCCAGCCGAUACCAAGUGUUGCACAAUGAGGAUGACUCCUCUGAAUCAACCCCUGCCAGUGAGCCGUCCACCUCAUCCCAAGCUGCUGCCUCGGCGGGCGCCUCUAGCAGCCCUGUCUCCAUGCCAACAGAUGCAGAGGCUCCGCCCCCUCCCUAUGCCAGCGUGGCACUAGGAGCCACCGCAGCUCCAGAGCGCGCCUUUCCGGGGGACUUCCCCGUCCCGCCCCCCUACAGCGUGGCCACAUCGCUACCAACCUAUGACGAAGUGGAGAAAGCUAAAGCUGCAGAGCUGGCAGCCUCGGCUGUGGAUGUUAUACCGCGGGAGGAGGAUUUUCCUCCACGGGACGAUUUCAGUGACGCUGAUCAGCUGCGGGUGGGAAACGACGGGAUCUUCAUGCUGGCCUUCUUCAUGGCCUUCUUGUUCAACUGGAUCGGCUUCUGUCUGUCGUUCUGUCUGACCAACACCAUCGCCGGACGAUACGGGGCCAUCUGUGGCUUCGGGCUCUCCCUCAUCAAGUGGAUCCUCAUCGUGAGGUUUUCAGAGUAUUUCACUGGAUACUUCAAUGGACAGUACUGGCUCUGGUGGAUAUUCCUUGUUCUUGGUCUGCUCCUGUUCUUCAGAGGCUUCGUCAACUACCUGAAAGUGCGGAACUUGUCCGAGAGCAUGGCGGCUACUCAGAGAACGCGCUUCUUCUUCCUCUAUUAGAGGGUGGCUUCCCCAAACAUUCCUCCCUCAUGUGAAAUUCCCUGAUGAUUUGCAACCCGUCAAAUGAACUGGACCGGAUCCCGCCGGGAUGGGGGUGGGGGGUAUCAGCUCUGCCAAACGAAUAAAUAAAUAAAUAAAUGAUUCCCUCGUUAAA